UUCUAGCUUUUGCUUCUUCCAUCUUCUCUGCAAAACUUUUGUAGUCUCAGAAUAUCGAUGCAAUCAUGCAAGCCUUGAGAAGACUUUUUGUCUGCUCCUUGUUAAUCUCCUUCCUAAGAAUCUCAACUACAACCGCAUUAGACACAAUCACUCCAAGUCUAUCAAUGAGAGAUGGUGAAACUCUAGUUUCAGCAGGUGGAAGCUUCGAACUGGGAUUCUUUAGCCCUGGUACAUCAAAGGGCCGAUACUUGGGAAUAUGGUACUCUGUUGAUACUAAGACAGUCGUAUGGGUAGCUAACAGAGAAACACCACUUGCCGAUUCUUCAGGAGUUUUGAAGGUCACCGAGCAAGGAGUUCUAGUCCUUCUCAAUAGCUCAAACAGCAUGGUAUGGUCAUCCAAUUCAUCAAGAACUGCAAGGAAUACAGUAUCACAACUCUUGGAUUCAGGAAACCUUGUUGUGAAAGAUGGAAAUGAAACUAACCCUGAUAACUUCUUGUGGCAGAGUUUUGAUUAUCCUUGUGACACAUUCCUACCAGAAAUGAAGCUUGGUUGGGACUUAGUUACUGGUUUAGAGAGGCAUGUCUCGUCUUGGAAGGGCACAGACGAUCCUGCUGAAGGAGAGUUUUCAAUAAGGAUGGAUCGCCGUGGUUUGCCACAAGUUGUUACUAUGAAAGGAGCUAAGAUAAUGGCUAGAGAAGGGUCAUGGAACGGCCUUUCUUUUACAGGAAAUGCAUAUCCUCAACAAGUAGCAGCACACCCAAUAUUUGGGUUAAGGUGUGUGUUUAACAAGGAUGAGGUCUAUUGUGAGUACAGGCUUCUAAACACGUCCAUGUUCUCGAGAUAUAUGGUGAAUCCAUCAGGUGUUGUGCAGCGAUUCACAUGGGUGUACCAAACACAUAGUUGGGAACUUUCCUCUACAUUCCAAGCAGAUCACUGUGAGAAUUAUGCCUUGUGUGGUGCAUAUUCUAGUUGCAAUAUCAAUGUCUCUCCCAUAUGUGCAUGCUUGAAGGGAUUUGUACCAAAAUCUCCAAAAGAUUGGAAUUCAGGAUAUUGGUCUGAUGGGUGUGUUAGAAAGAUUCCACUGGCUUGCAGCUCUGGAGAUGGCUUCCUAAAGUACACUGGGGUUAAAUUGCCAGACACAUCUUCCUCAUGGGUUGACAAAAGCAUGAGCCUCAAGGAAUGCAAUGGAUUAUGUUUGAACAACUGCUCAUGUACGGCAUAUGCAAAUUUAGAUAUCAGGGGAACUGGCUGCUUGCUGUGGUUUGGUAGCCUCAUUGACAUAAGGGAAUUCACUCCCGGUGGCGGUCAAGACCUCUACAUACGGAUUGAAGCUUCAGAACUUGAUAGAAUUGAGAGAAAGAGCACUUUCAAGAAGAAAAAGCUACCCAGAAUACUCAUCGGCUCUGCAGUUUUUCUUGUGUGGUUUAUAAUUGGAUUGAUAUUGUAUAUACGAAAGAGGAAACUCAGAAAUCAAGGAGUCAGAAAAGAUUACCUUGGAGAAGACAGGGAAGACAUGGAGUUACCAUUAUUUGAUUUGUCCACCCUAGCUAAAGCCACUAAUGACUUUUCAAGCAGCAACAAGCUGGGAGAAGGUGGUUUUGGACCUGUGUACAAGGGUACAUUGAUAGGAGGGAAAAAAAUUGCAGUGAAAAGGCUUUCGAAGAAUUCCGGACAAGGAAUUAUAGAGUUCAAAAAUGAAGUUAUACUGAUAGCAAGACUUCAGCACCGCAAUCUUGUAAAGCUCUUAGGUUGUUGCGUUCAAGAAGAGGAAAAAAUCUUGAUAUAUGAAUUCAUGCCCAACAAAAGCUUGGACUUCUUUGUUUUUGAUCAAGAAGGACAAAAAUUGCUUGACUGGCCUACGUGCUUCCACAUUAUUGGUGGAAUUGCUAGAGGGCUUCUUUAUCUUCACCAAGAUUCUAGAUUAAGGAUUAUCCAUAGAGAUUUGAAAGCUAGCAAUAUCCUGCUUGAUACUGAUAUGAACCCUAAGAUUUCAGACUUCGGCCUCGCUAAAACAUUUGAAAGUGAUCAAAGUCGGGGUAAUACAAAAAGAGUGGUUGGAACGUAUGGUUACAUGUCUCCCGAAUAUGCGGUAGAUGGAAUUUUCUCAAUGAAAUCUGAUGUCUUUAGCUUUGGAGUUAUACUGUUAGAGAUGUUGAGUAGGAAGAAGAACAGGGGAUUUUCUCAUCCAGAUCACCACCUUAAUCUUCUUGGACAUGCAUGGACAUUAUGGAUUCAAGAUAAACAACUGGAAUUGAUAGAUAAGACGUUAUAUGAUUCAUGCAACAUAUCUGAAGUGUUAAGGUGUCUUCAUGUGGGGCUGUUAUGUGUGCAAAGAGUAGCAGAAGAUAGACCAAACAUGUCAUAUGUGGUUCUAAUGUUGAGCAGUGAUAUUACUUUGCCUCCACCAAAGCAGCCUGGUUUUUACACUGAACGAAGUGUCCCUGAAUCACCAUCAAGGAAGCGCCCGUUUUCAGUGAAUUAUUUCAGCACUACAGUGAUCGAGGCUCGGUAGAUUUUUGUUCUGGGUGCUUUGUUGAUGGUUCUGUCUAUCAUCACAGAAUGUGUUUGGCAGGUUGACUUGAUGCUUGUAGUCUUCGGUGGGAGACAAUGACAUGAGACAUUAUCAUUAUUCAUGUUAUGCAAGAAAAAUGUGUUGAAUUAGAAGUUGGUUUGGAGCUUUGCUUUGCUUUGCCGUUCAUUUUCUUUUACUCUGUUCUACUCCCCCAAGGUAUGCUGUAAGUAAUGAUAUUUAACAACCAGAAAAUGUGUGAAUUGUGAAUAAUGUGUGAGACUU